AUGACGAUGAUCUUUCCUAUCAUUCCCUUCAUUUUCCACAUUCUCUUCUCUGCACAUGCCUCGGAGCUGGCCCAGACGCUACCUGACAGCGCUCCUUGCGACUACAUCUACGGCGGCUUCAUCAACCAGAGCUACCCUUAUCCGGCCGCGGAUUAUAUAGGGAUACCAAAGGACUACCGGGUCGUGCGCGAUGUGGUGCGUGAUUUCGGAGCCGACAAUACCGGUACCCAAUGUGCUUCUGCAGCAAUCCAGCGGGCAAUUAACGCGGGUGGAGAACGAGGGCCUAGCCGCAGCACGACUAGCUAUGGCACUACGGGAAAACCAGCUGUGGUCUACUUCCCACAAGGAACUUACCUGAUGGAUGGAAGUAUCCAGCUCUAUGCCGGCACGGUUCUCAUAGGUGAUCUUCGCAUGCAUAACUUCUACAUCGGAAUGAAAAACCUCGUGAUCGAUUCAGUGGACGUGGACCCCGGGCGUGAGCUGACUUUACUUGAUUGGACACUCAGUCAAGCAACAUUGUUGGAGAAUGUGGUAUUCAACAUGGCCAAAAAUUCCAGUCAUCGUGGCAUUAGCACUUGGUACGAAUUCAACAGUAAUAUCAUCGUCCUGGGCCAGGGGAGCUGGCGCUUAGUCAAGUCAGUAGCAUCUACUUCAGCAGCCAACACAUUGGUGCUGGACAAUAUCGUGAAUGAUGGAGUGACGCUAGAGGUGGAAGGCGAAGCUAUCAUUACCGGCAACAUCGAGAACAUGUUCCUUCGAGGAAGCAAAGCUAGAAUCUGGUUUAAUGCCACGAGCGUCUAUGCUCCGCGUUCUUUGCCACUGAUACAGGACGGCAAGUAUUUGACACUCAACCCUCCGAGCCUCAUCGACCUGAGAUGCCGCUCAUACGCGCAGAGUACACAGGACUGGGAAGGCAGUGGCACCGGGUUCAACGACGAUACUUGGCAUAUCAAUCGACGCUUAGCAUGGGCCGCGAAGACUGGCUCUCUGCUUUAUUGGCCCGCUGGUAUUUACACCGUCACUAACACCAUCUAUAUACCGGCCGGACUGAGACUGGUCGGAGAUCCGUUUGCUACGGUUAUUCUUGCAAAAGGAGACAACUUCAAGGAUCCAGACAAUCCUAAGCCAGUUGUUCAGGUUGGGGAACCAGGAGAGAAAGGAAGCCUUCUCAUGAGCGACUUCAUCAUAUCAGUGGCUGAGCCGUUGCCUGGAGCCAAACUUCUUGAGGUCAGCCUUAGUCCUGAUGAUACAAGCGAACCUGUCCAUAUCCGCAAUGUUCACUUCCGCGUCGGUGGAUCUCUAGGAACGACCCUCCGAACAGGGACGAACUGCACUGAGAAUGCAGCCUCCUGCCCUGCCGCAUGGUGUCUCCUCCACCUAGCCCCCAGCUCCGGAGCAUAUAUCAAGAACAUGUGGGGUUGGACCGCUGAUCACGACCUUGAUCGUCCGACCUUCGGGUCGAUCCUCAUUAGCACCGGGCGCAGAGCGCUGAUCGAAUCGACCAAUCCUACUUGGCUAAUCGGAACGGGGUUCGAGCACAACACUCUGUAUCAGUACAACUUCCACGGAGCGAAGGACGUCUUCAUGGCGACGGGAAUGAGACGAGCCGAAUUGUAG